UGUCGCGGGGCGAGCUUCGACUGUCGUGACGCAUAAGAAGGGCUGGUCGCGUUGCACAGGAGCUGCUGUGCUAGACUGAUCUGCAACUCUCCUCGCAUCCUCUCCUUCUAUCCGUGUAAUACCGGAAAGCAAUUUGUAUCUCAUAUAUCGUCUAGAUUCGAUUGGAAGAACCCAUAUUGCCCUCAAAUCCGCGGUGCAUAUCAUAUACACAAACAUACACAACAAUGGCACCCUCUGUGACUGAUACCAUCGUUCCAGAGGUUGAGACCCUCAAGCAAAAGCUGGCCCCUAAUACCGAGGUCAAGGCCCCAGAACACAACAAUGGCGGCGCAGUGGGCAGCUCAGAAAUCCAAGACGAUGAAGUCGCCGUUGAUGGUCUUCCGAAGGUCCUGACGGGCCAUCGCGAACCCUUGAAGCUUAGCGGCGCCCUCGACCAGUUCAAGCAGUUUGACAACACGCCUGUCAUCGGCCGCGAAUUCGUUGACGUCGACUUGGCCGAGUGGCUGCGCGCGCCGAACUCAGAUGAGCUGCUUCGUGACUUGGCUAUUACUGUCUCACGCCGUGGUGUCGUCUUCUUCCGGAAGCAGGACAACAUCACCAACGAGCUGCAAAAGGAGCUCGUGCAGCGGCUCGGCGAGCUCACGGGUAAGCCCGCGACGUCAGGCCUGCACAUCCACCCCGUCAUCAACGCCUCGCGGGACAACGGCGGCAAGGACCAUGAGAUCAGCGUCAUCUCGUCGGUGCAGAACCGCAAGUUAUAUAAGAGAUAUGAGCUGGAGCAGAGCGCGUACAAUAAGCCGCAGACCCGCCGUGGCGAGUGGCACUCCGAUAUCACAUUUGAACCUGUUCCCAGCGACUAUGCGCUGCUGCGCCUCACGGAACUUCCCACUACCGGCGGCGACACCCUCUGGGCUUCAGGCUACGAAGUCUACGACCGUCUCUCGAGGCCCAUACAACAGCUCCUCGAAGGCCUGACCUCGUACUGCGCGCAGCCCGCCUUCAACGAGUCCGCGGCCUUCAACGGCUUCGAGCUCUUCGCGGGCCCGCGGGGCGCGCCCGAGAACGUCGGCGAGGACCUCGUCGCGCGGCACCCCGUGAUCCGCACGAACCCCGUGACGGGGUGGAAGAGCGUGUUCGCCGUCGGCAACCACGUGAAGCGCAUCAACGGCCUCACGGACGACGAGUCCAAGCACUUCCUCUCCUGGUUCGUCCAGCUCAUCACCGAGAACCACGACCUCCAGGUCCGCAACCGCUGGCAGAACGUCAACGACCUGGCCAUCUGGGACAACCGCUCCGUAUACCACGCCGCCACGCCCGAUUACCACCAGGUCUUUGGGGAGCGCGAGGGCUCGCGCGCCGUCAGUCUGGGCGAGAGGCCGUACUUCGACCCCGCGAGCACGGGCCGGAAGGAGUCCCUGGCUAGCGAGGGCGCGCUGUUGUAAGCGAGGGGGAUCUGGAGAGGGACAAAUAGGUAAAUUGGAUUUUCGUGUGUGAAUAUGCUGUUUAUUCUAAUGACGUGUCUCCCUUUUUAUACCAUGGUAUCACGAUAUCUUCCUGCUUAUAGCCAAUUCCACGACACUGCCUUAUCAUUAUUAUUACUACUACUUCUAUUUAUCUUACCUUCACCUAGUAUGAGAAAUACGAUAUACAUAACAGAAUAGGUACAUGAAUAUGAAAUUUGAGAAACAACUCAAUCAACGGUAGAAUGAAAUUCAUUUCGGUAGAAGUGCUGCGCAUUGAGUUAAAGGAGGGAAAAAACUUGUUCACGUUAGUAUAACUAGUACUAUUACAUAUUC